AUGUUCGUUCUAUCCUACUUGCCCUUCGCCAUUGCCAGUCUAAGCUCGGCCAUCGCAUACAGCGGAGGCAAUGGACAAUCCGCGUACGUUGGCUGCGUCGAUGCCAGCUACCAGCCUACCUCCGCCUUUACAGAGAAUGUCGGAGCGAAGGGGAUCGUCUCCGCUGUCGACUGUGCGGCUGCAUGUUUCGCCGACUCGUACACAUACUCGUUCUUUGGCGACUCUGGCGGCGCGCUCAAAUGCCUGUGCAGCAACACCAUCCCACCCACAAGCGCCGUCAGGACAGCAGGGGGAAGCACUGCCUCGGAAACGUCCGGUCAAUGUGAUGCGUCACAGCUGCCAGCAAUUCGGACAGCAACUUGCUCUUCAUCGCUCUUCAUCGGCUCUACUCAGGGAGUCGAGCAAUGCUUCCAAAGAUGCCCCGGCGCUACCCGAAUCUCGAUCGAUCUCAGCAACUACUUUUGCCGGUGCGCCAGCCACAAUCAGGCGAAGGCCGUAGACGAGUCCCAACGUACGGUAUGCGCGUCAGGUCGAUAUCACGUCUACAAUCGCGCCAACGCCAACACCAACCUCGGGCCGAGCGCUGGGGGGAUGGUCAGACGUCGUCUGCGCGAGCGCAUGUAUCAGGCAGCGAUGCGGGAGCAGGCCUUCUGUCCAAAAGGUCUGCGUGCGUGUAAGAUCCAGGGCACGUCAGGGUAUGAAUGUAUAGAUGUUGCGAGCGAGCUCGAAUCUUGUGGCGGCUGUAUGCACGGAGACUUCAACGCCGACGAAGAUAUCUCCAAAGGUCAAGAGUGA